GGAAGUACUGUUGCGCCUGCUUUCUAUGGUUCCUGGAGGAGUUUAGUGCCCAGGUGUCCUGCUGGAGGGAGAUCCUGGGAGGCACCGGGGUGAGAGGGGCACUGAAGGCUCCCCGCGCGUAGUGGAGGGUGCAGAGGGGCUUCAGGGCCUGUGUGGUGGGGUGACAGACCGAGACCAGGGGUGUGUGAGUAACAUAGAAGGGCAGACACGUAAGAAGCAAGUUUUUGUAGUAAGUGCAGCAGGUGAGCACAGGCAGGAGGCUGGGGGCUAACUGCAGGAGCAUUGUCAGGCAUAUAGGGGUCUACAGGGAGCAGUGAGGGGUUGGUCUCUGAGAGUAGGGAGCAGUGAAUGGGGCCUUGGAGAGUAGGAGCAGUGAGGUGUCUCUUGGAAUAGGGAGCAGGGAGUCUGUGUCUCAUAGAGUAGGGAGCAGUAAGAGGGUUGUCUCAUAGUAGAGGGAGCAGUGAAGUGGGGAGUCUCAGAGUAGGGAGCAGUGAGGGGAGGGUCUCAGUAGGGAGCAGUAAGGGGAUCCUCCCACAGUGUAGGAAGCAGUGAAGGGGAGGGUCUCAGUAGGGAGCAGUGAGGGUGUCAUCCCGUAUUGAAGGGAGCAGUGAGGGGAAGGUCUCGGUAUAGGGAGCAGUGAGGGGAAGUUAUAGGGAGCAGUGAGGGGAAGGUAUAGGGAGCAGUGAGGGGAAGUUAUAGGGAGCAGUGAGGGGAAGUUAUAGGGAGCAGUGAGGGGAAGGUAUAGGGAGCAGUGAGGGGAAGGUAUAGGGAGCAGUGAGGGGAAGGUCUCGGUGUAGGGAGCAGUGAGGGGAAGGUCUCGGUGUAGGGAGCAGUGAGGGGAAGGUCUCGGUGUAGGGAGCAGUGAGGGGAAGGUCUCGGUGUAGUGAGGGGAAGGUCUCGGUGUAGGGAGCAGUGAGGGGAAGGUCUCGGUGUAGGGAGCAGUGAGGGGAAGGUCUCGGUGUAGGGAGCCGCUCGGAGAGUUGCAGGAGGCGCGCAGUCUGUGCUCGGGAAGAUGUGGUUUAUCUAUGUGCUCAGCUGGCUGUCCCUGCUCAUACAGGUGGCCUUUGUCACUCUGGCAAUAGCUGCUGGCCUGUACUACUUAGCGGAGCUGAUAGAGGAGUAUACGGUGGCCACCAGUAGGAUUAUAAAGUACAAGAUCUGGUUUUCUACAGCGGUGCUCAUCGGUCUCUACCUGUUUGAGAGGUUCCCCGGAGUUAUGAUCGGCGUUGGGCUCUUCACCAAUGUAGUAUACUUCGGACUAUUGCAGACGUUCCCUUUCAUCAUGCUGACCUCUCCCAACUUCAUUCUCUCCUGCGUUCUUGUGGUGCUGAAUCAUUACUUGGCUUUCCAGUACUUUGCAGAAGAAUAUUACCCUUUCUCAGAGGUUCUCGCCUAUUUCACAUUCUGCCUCUGGCUCAUCCCAUUCGCUUUCUUUGUGUCGCUGUCGGCGGGGGAGAACGUGCUGCCAUCCACAGUCCAGCAUGGAGAUGACGUGGUGUCAAAUUAUUUUACGAAGGGUAAGAGAGGGAAACGCUCAGGAAUACUCGUCAUCUUCUCUUUCAUCAAAGAAGCCAUCCUACCCAGCAGGCAGAAGAUGUACUGAGCUCAGCGGUUGUCGGGAUCAUGUGCCGCCAACCUCCGUCUGGCAGCCAUGCUGAAUCACGUGACGGAGCAAGCGGACGAGAGCUGGGAUAUGAGUGGGGAGCCACUAGCGGUCUUUCUGACAAUGAGAAAAGGGCUUUAUUUUCCAAAGGAUCGUCGUCCAAGAUGCCUAAGCGGCGAUGGGGUGAGGACCUGGGCUGAAUGGGACUGGCAGCGAGAACAGAGGGCGUCGCAUCUUGCAACCAGGGUCUGAUCCGGAUGCCGAUUUUUACCGCAGCAAUAUCUCAGAACAAAACAAAAUAUGCUUUUUAGAACUUAACCAAUGAGUGGACUUACCAGAGAAUCUAAUAAUAGGAAUAAUAAGUGCAAUGAAAAAUAUCACAUUCUACAGGAUAUACUGUAGAUUGCAAGCUCUAGUUCUUUUUCAGAAUUUAGUGCCAAUAGAUAUUUUUGGGGUCCUCUCCAUUUUCAGCGUAUCACCGUUUUAUUAUAUCGCUAAGCUCUGCCGGAAUGAGACAACAAAUGCGUAGUUUUAGCGUUCUCAGCAUGGUGCGAAUUGGACUUUGCCAAUAAUUGUGAAUCUGCUGUACUAGCCAGUUCUCCUGUGAAAUAAAAUCCCUAUUUCUUAGUA